UUGUCGUACUGCACACAAGAUCUGUCACUGAUUGAACCGCAUCCCUCUAUCAUUUUGGACCUCUCCUUUCAACGCCAGGACAGUAACCUUCGUUUGCUUCCGUCUCCGCUGUUCAAAGUUUGUUUCGCUUACACCACUCUGCUUGGCCAUAUCCGCCGAUGAUCGCCAGUUACCGCUUUUGUUACUCUACGUGGAGCAGAAGUGGGAAAUGGGUAUGCGGAUCUUGAAAGCAUGGGCCAUUUUCAGGCAAUUCUUGGUGGUGGUGUUGGUGAUGAUGGGAAUGCAGAGCUUUUCAUGCUACUCCGAGUGCGAGUUUAAGGCAAUAUUCAACUUCGGCGACUCGAACACCGACACAGGCGGGUUCUAUGCGGCUUUCCCAGGGCAAACUGGGCCCUUUGGGAUGACCUACUUUAAGCGGCCUUCGGGCCGGGCAUCGGAUGGAAGGCUCAUCGUUGACUUCUUGGCACAAGCUCUAGGACUGCCAUUUCUGAGUCCAUAUCUGCAAUCAAUCGGGUCUGACUACAGACAUGGGGCCAACUAUGCAACGCUAGCAUCAACCGUGCUCCUGCCAAACACGUCCUUAUUUGUAUCUGGGCUCAGUCCUUUUGCUCUUCCCAUUCAGCUCAACCAAAUGAAGGCAUUCAAGGCCAGAGUCGAUGAAUAUCACUCAUCCGGCCAGAAGGGAACAAAUCUACCUUCACCAGAUAUAUUUGGGAAGUCCAUUUACACAUUUUACAUUGGUCAGAAUGACUUCACAUCCAAUUUAGCAUCUGCUGGUAUUGGUGGAGUGCAGCAGUAUCUUCCUCAAGUUGUGGCCCAGACUGCUGCAACUAUCAAGGAGCUAUAUGCCUUGGGGGGGCGUACAUUUUUUGUGCUAAACCUUUCUCCGAUCGGCUGUUAUCCAUCCUUUCUGGUGGAGCUCCCUCACAGCAGUUCAGAUCUUGACAUGUAUGGAUGCAUGAUUUCUUACAACAACGCAGUGGUUGAGUACAACAAAUUGUUGAAAGGCACGCUGGCUCAAACCAGAGCUUCUCUUGCUAAUGCUAACCUCAUUUAUGUCGACACACACUCGGUUUUGCUAGAGCUAUUUCAGCAUCCCACGUAUCACGGACUCAAAUAUGGUACCAGGGCGUGCUGUGGAUAUGGGGGCGGCGGAUACAACUUCGAUCCUCGAGUCUACUGCGGCAGUAGCAAAGAGAUAAAUGGCAGCUUGCUAACUGCUUCCGCUUGCAAUGACCCCUCCAACUACGUAAGCUGGGAUGGAAUACAUGCCACCGAGGCUGCUAACAAGCUAAUUACACGGGCCAUCAUAAGUGGAUCUUACUUCGAUCCGCCAUUUUCGCUCAAGCAGCAUUGCGAUCUCCAACCUAUAGGUUAAUUCUAAGUAACCUACGGUCGUGGGCACCGCUACUCUUACAGCAAUGACCCAUUAACUGUAAUAAAACUUUAAUCUUUCCUUUGGAAUUUCAAAUUACAAGUUAGGGCCUUGAAAAUCCUAGAAAUUUCGCAA